GGCGGGGCUGGCCCCUGCGGGCCCCGAGCUCGCCAGCGUCCGCCAGGCCCGGCAGGGUCUGGCGCCAGCGCUGAGCUCCUGGGUUGUGGCGGCAGAUGAGAGCCUCGGGCCGGAAAGGGCGGAAAGGAGGCGACCCCUAGCCCCGGCUCUGCGCUGGCCCUGUCAGGCCAGACGGGGAAGGGCCGCCGCUCCGCGUUGAUGAGGCCUGGCGCGGCUGCGGGGCCUGGGAAUGGCGUGAGGCCCCCCUCUCCCCCCCCGCCGCGACCCUGGAACCCUCCGGCGGAUCGCGGACCUGUCAGCUGCGGGCGCGCCUCUCCUUCCGUCCCUCCCUCCCUCCCGGGUUCGCUCCUGAGCUCUGCCCGCGCCCAGUGCGACAACUUUCUAGACUCCCAGCAACUUCCAUGGGGAGAGGGGACCUGCACCCUUCCAGACCCUCCAUCACACCACUGUCAGCAGGAAGAGCUCUGUCAUCAAGGAAGGCCCCACCCAUGGACCCUUCUCAGGACAACCCAAAGGCACCAGCGAGGCUGCUCUCCUAAGCCCCAGAGGGCCUGGGCACACCAUCCUCCGCCAGGAGCCAUGGUGGUGACAAUGAGCAGCUCCCAGCUGAGGUCUGGCCCGGGAGGGGGCAGUGGCUGCAAGGGCCCCCUAGGCAUGCUCAGGGCUGCCCUGCUGCUUGCCAGCCUGUCUUGGGGGGCACAGGGAACAGCCAUUGCCAACCUCAGCACAGCUCUGGGCCACCCCGGGCCACGGCCAGGGGGCCCCUACUUGAGCAUCGGGGACGGCUCCGUGGUGGAGUUUGAGUUCCCAGAGGCUAGCGAGGGCAUCAUCGUGAUCUCGAGCCAGUACCCAGGCCAGGGCAAUGGUCUAGGGCCCGCCCCCACGCUGAGGGUCACCUCCUUGGCCACGGAGGUGCUGACCAUCCAAAACGUGAGUGCCAUCACCUGGGGCAGUGGGGGGGGCGGCUUCGUGGUGGGCAUCCACUCGGGCCUGCCUGGGCUAGCCCCACUCCACAUCCAGCUUCUGGACCCCAACGGAGCCCCACCCACGCUGAUCGAGGAGCGGAAAGAUUUCUGCAUCAAGGUCUCCCCUGCCGAGGACGCCCCCGCCCCCGUUGGCACGGACCUGGUCCACUUCUCAGAGAACCCGAUACUCUACUUGCUCCUGCCUCUCCUCUUCGUCAACAAGUGUUCCUUCGGGUGCAAAGUGGAGCUGGAGGUCCUGAAGGGGCUCCUGCACAGCCCCCAGCCCAUGCUGCUCGGCCUGUUGGGCCAGUUCCUGGUAAUGCCCUUCUAUGCUUUCCUCAUGGCCAAGGUCUUCAUGCUGCCGCAGGCCCUGGCUCUGGGCCUCAUCAUCACCUGCUCGUCACCUGGUGGCGGCGGGAGCUACCUCUUCAGCCUCCUCCUCGGAGGGGAUGUCACCCUGGCCAUCUCCAUGACUUUCAUCUCCACGGUGGCCGCCACCGGUUUCCUGCCACUGUCCUCAGCUGUGUACAGCCGCCUGCUCAGCAUCCACGAGACACUCCACGUGCCCAUCUCCAAGAUCCUGGGGAGCCUGCUGUUCAUCGCCAUCCCCAUCGUUGUAGGCGUGCUGAUCAAGUCCAAGCUCCCCAAGUUCUCGCAGCUGCUGUUGCAGGUCAUCAAGCCGUUUAGCUUUGUGCUGCUCCUGGGCGGCCUCUUCCUGGCCUACCGCAUGGGGGUCUUCAUCCUGGCGGGCGUCAGGCUGCCCAUCGUGUUGGUGGGCCUCACUGUGCCCCUGGUGGGCCUCCUGGUGGGCUACUGCCUGGCCAUGUGCCUGAAGCUGCCCGUGGCCCAGCGGCGGACAGUCAGCAUCGAGGUGGGGGUACAGAACAGUGUGCUCGCCUUGGCCAUGCUGCAGCUGUCCCUCCGCCGCCUUCAAGCUGACUACGCCUCGCAGGCCCCCUUCAUUGUGGCGCUGAGCGGCACCUCGGAGAUGCUGGCCUUGGUGAUUGGGCACUUCAUCUAUAGCAGCCUGUGCCCAGUUCCCUGAGGCCCCCUGGGGCCAAGCUUUUGCCACCCUCCCCUCCUGCCCCUACCCGGCCCCCACAGUUCUUGUGUACCAAAGGCCUUUAGUUCUCAUGCACUAUGCACUCAGAAAAAAAAAUCCAGGCUUAUUUUUGUUACUGGUUUUUUUAUUCUCCAGCUUUCAGUGCCAAAGAGGCCACGCUGAGUUACGUAGGCAGGCACUGCCCAGAAAAUAUAUUUCAAUAAAAGAGACAAGCAAG